AUGUCGCACUCUAUAGCACGCCAAAAGGGCUCAGUAGAAACUAUUGGAGAAGCCGCUGAGCACAGUGAGGUCGAAAGGAUGCAGUUCCGGCAUCCUACCUCAACAGUCGUGACGGAGGAUCCAUUUACAUGGCCUUUUUGGAUCAAGAUGGGCAUCACGCUCAACGUGUGCGCGAACGCGUUUCUCAACAACAUCUCUGCCGCAGGCCUGGUGCCCACGCUGUCUCCUAUUUCCGCUGAGCUCGACAUCCCCAUCACCAAAGCGGCUGGGUUCAUGGCCUACAACGUCCUUGCACAAGGACUUGGCAACAUGGUUUGGGUGCCGACCAUGUUGACCUUCGGGAAACGCUGGACCAUUCUCGGCACCAUGGUUCUACUGUUGCCCUGCAUCGCCUGGGCCGCGUCUGCCAAGAGCUAUGAGAGUCUUCUGGCUGCUCGAAUCCUUUCAGGCUUUGCUUCGGGGGCCUCGGAGUCCUUUGCGCCCGUCAUCAUCGGUGAAAUAUGGUUCGAACACAACCUCACCACGGCGUUGGGAUUUUUUGCCCUUUGUAUCCUCGCGGGAGCUGGCCUGGGUCAGCUCUGCCUGGGGUACGUCACGCAAGGUGCCGGAUGGCGAUGGGCCUUCUGGGUUACCUUCAUCGCCUGUGGAGUCAACUUUCUCACCAUGUUGAUCUGGCUGCCCGAAACCACCUUUCAACGUGGCCUCGAGGUCGGAACAACGGCUGGUGACGUGGAAAGGAGCGAGAUAGUUAAAGAGGACAAGACAAGAAGUGGCGAGACCGAGACUGGUGUCAACCUUGUUAGAGAACAACAAGAUGGCAUCACCUUGACUCUGGCGUCCACUGCUCCAGAACUCAAGUCUGUGUCUCAGAGUAUCUGGUUUCUCCGUCAUCCUCAUGUCCAAUAUCGACAAAACUGGUUUCUCAGCUUCAUUCGGCCAUUUCAAUUCUUCGUCUCGGUUCCAGUCAUCUGGUCGAGCCUAACCUACGGUGUUGCUGCUGGGGCCUUCACGGCUCUCGGAGUCUGCAUUCCACAACUAACCGCCGGUCCGCCGUACAACUUUGGGCCCGGAGCGCAGGGUCUGUUCGGCAUGUCGGGCCUCGUGGGGGCCAUCCUCGGCGGAACCGUGGGUGCUAAGCUGGUCGACCUGUUCAAUGGACACAUGGAGAAGCGACGAUUCCGACAAAACCAGGACCACAAGCCCGAAGAGAGGCUGGUAAUGAUGGUCAUGCCCUUUGUCACCGUCAGCACGGGUCUGAUUAUGUACGGCUUUACCAUUGAGAAAGGGAUGGCCUGGAUUGCCCCUGCGGUGGGAUACGCCGUCCAUUCGUUCGGCUUUACCGUCCUGGCUGGCAUCACUUAUAGCUACACGGUCGACGCAUAUCUGAUCCGCUCUGGUGAGGCCAUGGUCUUCAACAACACCAUACGUGCUUUGAUUUCAUUCGGUUUCGCGGAUUUCAUGCCAAACUACAUGGUCAAAGUCGGUCCCGAAACCGCGUAUUCGGUACUCGCAGGUACGGUGUGGGGAAUCUCUAUCCUCGCCAUUCCAAUCUUUUUCUUCGGGCCAAGGUUGAGGGCCAUGACCAAUCGACUCUUGUAG